AUGGCACCAUUUGAAUAUGGUGCCAAUGAUUUCUUAACUCAAGGUGUAGGUGUAGGUGUAGGUGAUGGCGAUGAAGUUGGCGAUGAAGUUGGCGAUGAAGUUGGCGAUGAAGUUGGCGAUGAAGAUGGCGAUGAAGUUGGCGAUGAAGUUGGCGAUGAAGUUGGCGAUGAAGUUGGCGAUGAAGUUGGCGAUGAAGUUGGCGAUGAAGAUGGCGAUGAAGUUGGCGAUGAAGUUGGCGAUGAAGUUGGCGAUGAAGUUGGCGAUGAUGUUGGCGAUGAAGAUGGCGAUGAAGUUGGCCAUGAAGUUGGCGAUGAAGGUGGCGAUGAAGAUGGCGAUGAAGUUGGCGAUGAAGUUGGCGAUGAAGUUGGCGAUGAAGAUGGCGAUGAAGAUGGUGAUGAAAAUGGUGAUGAAGAUGGUGAUGAAGAGUGUGAUGACGAUUGUGAUGACCUCAUUAAUACGCUAGAGUGGCUCUUGAUAUAG